AUGCCAUUCACGCUGGUCGGCUAUGAAGAGGAUCCUGAAACAGGGCGUCCACUCAAUCUCGCCAAUAUCACCAACAGCAGCCGCCUCCUGGAUCAAGAUGAAGACAAGUCGUUGUCCCCCGCUACACCCAGCACCAGACGCACCAACAGCCGCAUGAACAGCAAACAGCAUGUGCUUGGAAGACGUUAUCCCUGGGCAGUGGUUGAAUGCUGCAAUCCUACACACUGCGACGUUUCACUGCUAAAGACGACACUGCUUUCAACCCAUAGAGACAUGUUGAGAUUCGAUACGUUUGAGCGAUUUUAUGAACAAUACCGCACAGAACAAUUAUCCAAUCGUAAAGUGAAGCACAUGAUGAGAGUAGAUUCCAAAGCAGGUGUACCCUUGGUAUAA